UAAAUUUUAAAACAUUAACGUAAACUAGGAACUCCAAAUACGAGAUUGGGCGAAUUUUUUCCCCUCCUAUAUUUUAGAAAGAGAGACAAUAAUUUCUGGAUCUAACCCUUGUUUCUUGAUCGAAGCUUUCUCACUCGGUUAUUUUGCGUCCUAAGGAAAAUGCUUCCUCUUUCUUUACUCAAGACCGCUCAAGGUCACCCCAUGUUAGUUGAGCUGAAAAAUGGGGAGACAUACAACGGGCAUUUGGUUAACUGCGACACUUGGAUGAACAUUCACCUCCGUGAAGUUAUAUGUACAUCUAAGGAUGGAGAUAGGUUUUGGCGAAUGCCUGAGUGCUACAUCCGGGGAAAUACUAUUAAGUAUCUUAGAGUUCCAGAUGAGGUAAUUGAUAAAGUUCAAGAAGAGAAGAGCCGUUCUGAUAGGAGGCCACCUGGAGUAGGGCGUGGAAGAGGAAGAGGUAGAGAAGAUAGCUCAAAAGCAAAAGGCAUUGGUCGCAGUUUGGAUGAUGGAGCUGCUAAAAGCACUGGUGGAGGUCGAGGCAGGGGCGGAAAUAGAGCAGGUGGUGGGCGAGGUCGAUGAUGCAAACUGUGAGGUACCAAAACAACUGAUGGGGGCUAGUCUGCUAUUUUUAAAUCGCAUCUAUCCGCCACUUUUACAUGAUGUUUGUGUUAUAGUGCAUUUUGAUUAUUGUUGCAAGUAUUAGACUCUGCUUGGAAUGAUGGAAUGAAGAGACUGAAGCGUGAUUGUACAAGAAUGAAGAUGUUUCCAAUUUAUUCACAUAAAAGGAAUUUGGUUUGCAGAAAUACUGCGGAAUCUUUGCCAUGAAUUCGCCUGCUAGGCUUAAUUAUAGCUUACUACAUUAGCUCUCUA